UUUCCUCCUUUGUAUCCAGAGAUCUGAAAGGCUGUUUUAUGUGUCUGAAAUAUAAGUGAUAAUUCAGAAGUGAGAGUUUAAAUGGUUGUCACUUGACUAGAAAGGCUUCGGCUGCAUUAUUUUGUGUGCCCCAUUUUAGGCCUUUUUUAAAAAGAAAGAGUCUCCCGGAAUUGAAUAGUCAAGAGGCACAGGAGAGGUUCGUUUAAAGUGAAAGUUGUUCAGGGAAGGGGGCGCAUGGGGAAGAGAAGUCCCCCCACCCCGGAAUGUGAGUGGGGAAGGGCCGUGGAGGCAGGCAUGGGAUGUACGGGAGAACAAAAGGAAAUGGUGCGAAACGCGCCAAGUCCAGGCACCGGGAGCCCAAGGAUCGUUCCAGAACAGCCGUGGGUUGCCCUGUGGUAGGAGGGUGCGUCUUGACCAUGCGCGCGACCUUAGACUAGACUUGCAGCGGGGUGUGUGUGUGCGCGCGCGCACGUGCAUGCACACGCACGCACUGUCUGGUCUAAGAGUAAGAUCAGACGUGAGGUAUAAGGUGCAGAAUAAGCAGGCGAUACCUUAUGAGUAGCCAGGGGGCGUUCCUGUAGCGUUUUAUAGUUUGUCGACUGGAAUAAAUGCACGGCCUGAAAGUUGAGAGUUAUGUUUUAUUUGGUGGGAGGACUCGAGCCGGGAUGACAGCCUCUUAGAUGGCUCUGAGGGACCCCUCCGAAGAGGCAGGGGAGGAGCUAGGACAUACAGCAGCUUUACAGCAAAGACCAGGGAGUCGGAACAAUGAAAGAUUACUUAUCUAAAGAAAAAUAGACAUUUCAAGUUAAAGAAUUUAGUGCUUUUCUAGUAUGGGAGGGAGCAAACAUUUGGGCUCACUGAAUUCAUUCCUUUGAGAAGCACCUAGCUGUCGGGCCAGUGUCCUGUCCUUUCUUAUUCUGAGUCUGCUCAGAGGGCACCAUUGUGAGUGGCUGCAGGAGCCGGGCUGCAGGCUGGUCUUCACUGUGGGGUGGUGGCAGCCACUGGUGCCUUGAUGGCUUCAGCAUUCUUUGUUUACUGGUAUGGUUUGCAGUGUUGUUCAUACAAUAGUCCGUUCAGUUCCUCCAGUGGCCCUGUGUCUGGAAUUUAGUCUCGUUUUGCAGAUGAGAAAACUGACAAGACUGUCCUAAGAGCAGAGAGCGGCCGCUGGGGUUUAAACCCAGGUCACCGGGCUUUGAAUACGUACGCCUUUCUUUGUGCAGUGCUCCCUCCCUGUUAACCGAGAUUACUUGGGUGUAAGCGUCAUUGCGUUUCUCAUGCUGCUUCUCCCACGUGUUUUGUGUACACUGCCACGUCGGUCACAUGGGCUCAUUCACCGAUGACCGAGCAGUACCAGCGUAUGUUGUCUGUAGCAGAUGCUGUGUGCAAGGUGUAGUGCUUGGUACGGAUUUUUUUUCUUUUGAUUAACUCUUUUAUUUACUCUGGUUUUUGCAGAGUUAAAAGCAUGGCUUACAAAGACCGCCCCAGUCUCACCCUACUUUCCUUUUCUGCCUCCCUUCCCUCUCUCCUCCAGGUUUAAGGAACAUUCUUUUUUCCUUACAGUUGUGUUGAGUUGUAAUUGACACAGCGCACCGUGUAAGUUUAAAGUACACAGCAUAACGGUUUGAUUUACAUACAUCGUGAAGUGGUUAUCACAGCAAGUCUAGUGAACAUCCACGUCUCAUAGGUACAAAGUUAAAGAAAUAGGAAAAAGUUUCCUUGUCUUGAGAACUUCUAGGGUUUACUCUCAACAACUUUCCUACAUAACAUAUGGCAGUGUUAAUUAUAUUUAUCAUGUUGCACAUUACAUCCCCACCACUUAUUUACCUUAUAACUGGAAGUUUGUGCCUUUGACUGCCACCUCCUACUGAGUGGGAGAAGAUAGUGGCCAACAAUAUAUCUGAUAAGGGGCUAAUAUCCAAAAUAUGCAAAGAACUCAUACAACUCAACAUCAAAAAACCAACUAUUAACAUUUAAAAAAUGAGUGAAGGAUCGGAUAGACAUUUUUCCAAGGAAGACAUGCAGAUGGCCAACAGGCAGAUGAAAAUGUUCUCAGCACAUUAAUCAUCAGGGAAAUGCGUAUCAAAACCAUAAUGAGAUACUGCCCUCCACCUGUCAGAAUGGUUAUCAUCAAAAAGACGACAAAGAACAAGUGUUGUUGAGGAUGUGAAGAAGAGGGAACCCUUGUGCUCUGUUGGUGGGGAUGUAAAUUGGUGCAGCCACUAUGGAAAACAGCAUGGAGACUCCUCAAAGAAUUAAAAAUAGAACUACCCUAUGAUCCAACAACAUCGCUCCUGGGUAUUUACCUGAAGAAAACAAAAAUGCUAAUUAGAAAAGUUGGAGAUUUGCUUCGAUUACCAAGAGGUUUCCGCUAUACCCAGGAUUCAGCGAAAAUAGUGGGAUCACCAGGUUUUCCAGUGAAAGUGUACGUCCUGCUCCAUCGGAAGAGCCCGCACGUGUUGUGUGUCACGCAGCAACUCCGGAAUUCCGAGCUGGUGGACCCGUCGUUCCAGUGGCACGGGCCGAAAGGGAAAAUUGUUUCAGAGAACAGCACCACGCAGAUCACAUCCACGGGGAGCCUGGUGUUCCAGAACUUCGAGGAGAGCAUGAGCGGCGUGUACACGUGUUUCCUGCAGUACAAGCCGACUGUGGAGGCGGUGGUCAGAAACCUGCCGCUGAAGUACGUCAUCUACGCUUACCGGGAGCCCCAUAGCUACUACCAGUUCACGGCCCGGUACCACGCGGCCCCCUGCAAUAGUAUUUAUAACAUUUCUUUUGAGAAGAAACUGCUUCAGAUUUUAAGCAAACUGGUUCUUGACCUUUCCUGUGAAGUUUCCCUGCUGAAGUCUGAGUGCCAUCGCGUUAAGAUGCAGAGAGCCGGUCUGCAAAAUGAGCUGUUCUUCACGUUUUCAGUUUCCUCUGUAGACACUGACAAAGGACCCAAGCCAUGUACAGGCCAUAAUUGUGAAUCUUCCAAAAGACUAGCUAAGGCUAAAAAUCUCAUAGAGAGAUUUUUCAAUCAGCAAGUGGAAGUGGUGGGCAGACGCGCAGAAUCCCUGCCUGAGAUUUACCACAUCGAAGGCACUCUCCAGAUGGUGUGGAUUAACCGCUGCUUCCCCGGGUUCGGGAUAAACGUCCUGAAACACCCAAAGUGUCCUGAGUGCUGUGAGAUUUGUUCACGAAGACUAACAGCUAAAACUGCCACGCAGUCCAAGGAAAUCAUUACCGUAACACAGAAGAAUAGUGUUGACUUCUGGAGGGCGGGGUGGAAGUACGAACAGAGAGGAACACAGAGGGAUUCUGAGGCGGUGGCAGCGUUCCACGUGUGGCCUGAAUCGUCCCCAGACAGGUGUUCUGUGCUGACAUUCAUCACACGGUACAUUCAUGUCUCUUUUUUUUUUUUCCUGUGUGUAACAUUUCAUAGUAAAAAGGUAAAAAAUUUAAAUCUUCCUUUAAAGCUUGAACACUGUAACACUGAAGGCAUACUCAAGAAAAAUAAACGUUCACAAGUGUUUAUUUCUCCGACAUUCAGACAUUUCCUUUGUGUGUGGCUAUCACCUGAUCUUUGCCUUCAUGAAUUUACCACUCUAACAGAGCCAUCAAUAAAUGGCUCGCAGGAACGAUGAAAUCAGUAUGCCUUUUGCUCUGUUAACCGUUAAGUUGUCAACACGCUUCCAUGCCCUUCUGUUGUCUGCACAUGGCUUCUAUUUACUGAAAACGGCUAAUUACAGGAGUUACGUUCAAACAUUUCGUCUAUGUUGGCCUUUAGAGUGUUUCCUGUUUUUACUGUUGCGUUAAAUGUUAUUUACAGUUGUACUUAACUAGCUUUAAUUUUUUGAGUCGUUUCCUUGUGUGGAUUUACAGAAAUGUGAGUACUGAUCUCAAAAAAAUGAACACUUUGAUUUUUCACAUUUUUUUGGUAUGUUGCUUUAACAGUUCAAAAUGUUCACAGCAUCUUAAAUUAAGCUCUCUCUCAGUGUAUGGGUAACCGUAGACAUUUUGGAAUUUCCUUUAAUGGAUUCUGCACGUGACUUUUCAGAAAAUUAAGGCAAACUUUUACAGCCACGUGGAGUGAGGACUGUGUCUCCCCCCCGGCCGCUGUCUGCUCAGGGUGGAAGCCUCACCCACAGGAAUCGCGGUUUUGCCAGUCAGGGCUUGCUAACUGGGCAGCGGAAGUCCUCCUUCCCUUCUUUCUCCCUCACUGCCCUCCUCCCGGAUUUAUCCCCUUGUCUUCAUUCCCGCUGUAACGAUUUUAAUUUGGAUCCUUUUUCCUUGUGCCUGGGCUGGUCCCGGUCCUUCCCUGAGUGGGAUCCCUCUACUUUUUCCCCGUUUUAGCCCCUACCCCACAUGGCUUCCAGUUACACGUCUCAGUUCCAAAUGUAAUCAUCUCAUUACUUUAAACCUUCAGUACUAAAACCCCGGCUUCAUUGCCUAACUCACCACAUGCCCUUUAUAAACCAAAUCUUCCUUGUCUUUAGAAACUCAAAAAUGCCUUUAUUGUAACACUUACGUUGGUUCAUCCAGGAGGUGUUAGAAUUCAGAAAUGCCUAAGAGCGCUGGCUGAGUGUGAGGAGGCGGUCGGCACUGAGACCCAGCUGAGUCUUUUCUACUUCAUGUUUCUCAGAGACGUUUAUUGCAGAGCUCAUCCUUACCCGGUGCUGCGCUCAGCUGUCCACAUGGGUGGGCGUGUUUCUGAAUCCUCUCUUGCUCCCCUGAUUCCUACUCGGUCCCUGCAGCAGGUCGCUGUAACUUUCAGUGAGUCCCAGUCUCCGUCCGUAUGUACCAGGAGGUCCGCUGCCCCUCCGCUCCGAUUCUUGAAUCCGCUUGCCACGCUCUGUAAAAAUGGCUGCUGCAUUUUGGUUGUCAGUGUGUUGCAUCUGUAAAUCUGCUUGAAAGAAUCCGUUAACAGUGCCCUCAUCAGUUUCCGCCUUGCCUCCUGCAUUUUCCUGGAAGCAGCAGGGUGAGACCAGCUGAAAGCAGCGGAGUAAAACCUUUGUUUUCUUUGUUGAGAAGUUUAUUUUUUUUGGUUUUCUGUUUGUUUGGUCUUUUUUUUUGCUAAAAAUUCAGUUUCUUUAGUACAUGUGGCUGUUCAGGUUAUUCGGGGGAGGGCAACAUUUUAAUAACUUGCGGCAUUCCAGCUAUUGAUUUCUCCACAGCUUCAGGGGCACCUCACAGGACCUGCCCUGUUGUGCUUUCAUUUCCAUUCACUUCAAAAUGCUCGUUUCUCUCUUGAUUUCUUCUUCAGGUAGUUGUUUUUUAGAAUUGUGAUGUUCAGUUUCCAAACGUUACGGGGAUUUCCAGAGAUCCUUCUUUUAUUGAAACCUAAUACAAUUCAGCUAUCAGAGAACAUGCUUUGUGUGGUUAGAACACUUUUUAAUUUACUGAAACAUGUUUCAUGCUGUAUCCUUCUGGUUAUAGUCACACCGUGAUCAUUAUGAAAUAUUUUUUCAUUCCUUGUAACAGCCUUUCCUCUGCCUUGACUUUGUCUGACAUUAAUACUGCCAACUUCAGAUUCUUCUUCUUCUUCUAAUCGUGGUGUUACCACGGUUUAUCAGUCAGAGUUACACCAGAGAAUCGGUAGGAUAUAUGCAUAUUGAGGGAUUUACUGCAAGAAGUUGGCUUAUGUGCUUGUGACAGCUAGCUACGUCGUUGUCACAUUUACAGAGCAAACCCUCAGGAAGGGCAGGCGCAGGACUCUUGGGCACAGUCUGAAGCGGAAGUCCACCGGCAGAAUUUCCUCUUUCUCAGGGGAGCCUCGGCUCCGUUCGUAGGCUUUUGGCUGAUUAAGUCAUUCCCACCAGCCUACCUCCUGAAAGUCAGCUGAUUGUAAACUUUUAUCUCAUCUACAAAGCCUUCACAGCCAUGCCUGUAUCCCUUAGCCAGACGGACACAUGACACUGACUGCUACAAACGCUGUAACUCUUACUAGCCCCUUACUUUAAAUUUAUGUCUUCACACUUGUUUAGGCAGCAGAUAAUUUGAUCUGGCUCGUUAAAUCCAAUCAGAUGGCAUCUGCCUCUUACUUGGGAUCUUUAAACCCAAUUCAAUGAGACCACGCAGUUAUUGUGGGGAAAUACGUUUUGAGCAACUUUAUUAAGAUGUAAUAAAUGCACUCAUUUUACCUUUGAACGUGCACGUUUUAACUGCACAGUUCAGUGAGUUGGGGCAGGUGUAUUCAUCCAUUUAACCAAUACCACAGUGAAGAUACAGGAAUUUCCAUUGCCCCAGAUUGUUCCCUUACGCCACCCUGUAACCACUUACAACUGCCUGUUAACCUCAGCACUACUUAUCCAUUCCGUUUUUGAUCAGCAUUUGGGUUGUUCCUAGCUUUUGGCUAUUGUGAAAAAAGCUUCUCUGUAAGCGUUGUUGUGGAACUGCAUCUUCAUUUCUCUGGGGUAAACACGUAAGAAUUAAGUUGUAGGUUAAAAAUGGUAAAACGUAUUUUAAAACUACUGAGAAAUUCCCAGACUUCUACAGAGCACCUGUUUGGUUUUAUACCUCCACCGGGCAGUGUGUGAGCUUUCUAGCUGUUUCGUUUUUCCUGCGGUCUUGGUACUGGCCAUCUUUUAGAUUUUCACCGUCCCGAUGAGGGUGUGGUACUGUUUUGUCUGUGGUGCACUUUGUAUUUACUUUGUAACUAACGAUGUCAAACAUCUUCCCACGUUCUCAUUGAGCGCUCACUUGUAUUCUUCUGUGAACUGUUGAAACCUUUUCUUCUACCCUUUUAUUGGGUUAUAUUUCUUCUAGAUAGUGACUUAGAAGGUUUAUUUACAUAUUCUAGCAACAAGUCCAUAUGUAUUCUUUUUACUUUAUUAAUGAUAUCUUUCAAAUACAGAAGUUUUAACUCUGACAAAACUGAGUUUUUCAAUUUUUGCUUCAAAGAUACUGUGUCCAUUCAAGAGAUUUCUGCUUACCUCAGAUUCCUGACGACUUUUUCCUGUUUUCUUCCAGAAAUACUGACCUUGUAUUGCGUGGCCUUGCUAAAACUCAGUUUUAGUUCUAAGAAUUAUUCUUUAUUUUUUUUGAUUUUCUUCAUACCUAAUCAUCCCAGUUAGGAGUAAAGACAAUUUUACUGCUUAAUCUGUGAUUUCCAUUCGUCUGGCUAGAACGCUCAGCAAAGUGCUCAGCACAAGUGGUGAGAGCUGGCCGCCGCCUCCUGUUCCAGUUAGACGUGGUUCUAGUGGGAGGGUUUUCAGAGAUGCCGUUAAUCCAGUUGACAAAGGAAAUUCCCUUCCAUUCCUUAUUUAUUCUGAUUUUCCGUCAUAAAUGAGGUUGAGUUUUGUCAUAUUUUUAUAGACCAUUGAGUUGAUUAUAUGUUUAGUGUCUUUUAUCACAUUUUAUGAUGCACUGAUUGAUACAUAGGAGUUAAGCCAACUUUGUUUGAACUGACCUCGUAAACUACAUGCAAUCAUUGUUCCUAAUUUCUAUGUAUUGUUGGGGUGUAAAUGCUAAUACUUAAUUAAGGAUUUUUGUGUCUGUAUUCAUGUGGAACUUGGAUCUGUAGUUUUCUUGUAAAUACUUGUAAACUUUUUUUUAUUAGGGCAUUGCUGUUCAUAAAAUGAAUUGCAAUUGUUCCCUCUUCUUGCUUUUUUUCUAAAUGGUUUGUGUAAAAUUUUUAAUAGUUUUUUCCUCAAAUGUUUCAUUCUCAUUGAAGCUGUCUAUACCUUGAGGUUUGUUUGGUUUUGGUUUUUAGGGGAAGGUGUGUGUGUGUGUGUGUGUGUGAUACAUUAUGAUUCUUUGGAAGCAAAAUCUUUCUUUAUAAUGUUAUAUUUCAAACAUCUAGAAAUAUAGAAUAUGAUGUUGUAAACACACAUACAUCACUCAUUGCAAACAAGUUCCGUGUUCUGUCACUUGCUUCGUGUCCUAAGAUUUAAAGUGAUUUAAGUAGGACACAGCUGAAGCCUCCAGUGAAGGCCUGAGCAAUCCAUUUCUCCCCUUUCUGCACAUACAAAUGGAUAAUAGAUCCAUUAUCAGAAAUUGGUAUUUUCAUCCCAAUUCAGGAUUUUAUACAUUUAGCUUUUAUUGAGUCAGUCAACACAAUAAUCAAUAAAUGAUGUCUCAGCUAAACGUUAAUUUGGGCUCAGCAUUAACAUACAAUUAACUAACUACACAUGCUGAAAUCACACAGUUUAAUGGCUUGGACGCGUAUGUGGCCAUGAAUCUAUCACUGCAGUCAAGAGAAGGACCUUGGCCAUGGCUCUGAAUUUUGCUCGUGCCUUUUUGGAAUCAGUCCUACCUCAGGACUCAUUCUCAAGCAAAUACUGGUGUGUUUGUGUCGUUAUACAUUUGCAUGCAUUUUUAUCAUUUUGUGUAAAUGGGAUCGUGCAGUACGUAACCUCUGUCUGAAUUCUUUCCCUCAGCACAAUGAUUUUGGGCGGCGUCAGUAUUACUGCAUGUAUUGAUAGUCUGCUCCUUUCUGUUGCUGAGUAGUAAGUAGUCCAUUGAAUGGACAUACCACAGUCUGUUUAUCCAUUCACCUGAUGAUGGGCAUUUGGGUUGU